AACUUAAACUGAUCUCUGUAUGUUGUCAUCUGGUGUACACCUGGUCUCCAGGAAGGUCUGGCCAAUCCAUUCUCUGAUCUACAGUUCUUCCCGUUCCUUCAUGGAUUUGAAAACUCUCCUUUCCUCCUUGAAUGACUUUGCAUCCCUCUCAUUUGCUGAGAGUUGGGACAAUGUUGGAUUAUUAGUAGAGCCAAGCCCACCACAUACUGUGAAUACACUCUUCCUAACCAACGACUUGACCGAGGAAGUGAUGGAGGAAGCACUGCAAAAGAAGGCGGAUCUCAUUCUGUCUUAUCAUCCACCCAUUUUCCGACCUAUGAAGCGCAUAACCUGGAAAACUUGGAAGGAGCGCCUGGUGAUCCGGGCUCUGGAGAACAGAGUGGGAAUCUACUCUCCUCACACAGCCUAUGAUGCUGCUCCCCAGGGAGUCAACAGCUGGUUGGCUAAAGGACUGGGAGCUUGUACUUCCUGCCCCAUACAUCCUUCCAAAGCUGCCGACUACCCCACAGAAGGAACACAUCGAGUAGAAUUCAACAUUAACCACACCCAAGACCUGGAUAAAGUCAUGUCUGCAGUCAAAGGCAUUGCAGAUGUUUCUGUCACUUCUUUUUCUGCUAGGACUGAUGAUGAAGAACACACACGGAUCAGUCUGAAUUGUACUCAGAAGGCUCUGCUGCAGGUGGUGGCUUUUCUCUCCCAAAACAGACAACUUUAUCAGAAGACUGAAAUUCUGUCACUGGAGAAGCCUCUGCUUCUACAUACUGGAAUGGGACGGUUAUGUACACUGGAUGAAUCUGUCUCCUUGGCAACCAUUAUUGAGCGAAUUAAGAGACACCUAAAACUAUCUCAUGUUCGCCUUAGUCUUGGGAUAGGAAGGACCUUAGAAUCCCAAGUCAGAGUCGUGGCCCUGUGUGCUGGUUCUGGGAGCAGUGUUCUGCAGGGUGUAGAGGCUGACCUUUACCUCACAGGUGAGAUGUCCCAUCAUGAUGUUUUAGAUGCUGCUUCCCAAGGAAUAAAUGUCAUCCUUUGUGAGCACAGCAACACUGAACGAGGCUUUCUUUCUGACCUUCGAGAUAUGCUGGGUGGUCACUUGGACAAUAAGAUUAAUAUUAUCCUGUCAGAGACAGACAAGGACCCUCUUCAUGUGGUAUAAUGCAUAUUGGGACAAUAGGUUCAUAGAAUGUAUAGAUCGAUUAUAUCCCAGUUCAGUUGUGUAACAUGAGUCAGUGGAGUUGCUAUCUUUCCAGAGUGUCUUAGAGUGUUCAUUUUUAUUUCUAGUGUGUUAAUCUGGUUCACCAAAUGUUCUGUAGCUCAUAAGGUGAAAACUGUAAUGUAACUAUUAAAGAACAAAUGUUCAUUAUAAACUCUAGCAAAGAUUGACUAAAAUGUCUGUUGAACAUUCUU